CUAUUUCUAUAUAAAGAGGGUUUUGGUAACCCUGGUGCAUAGGAACGUUUUAGUUUGUCGCAGGUUUCCGGUCGGACUGUUCGCGUUGCACCAUUCCUCAGGAAGUGAGCCAUUUCUCGGCAGCUUCCGUUUCCUAUUCCUGGUGCAUUGUGGAUCAGGCGGGACGCCAUUUAGUCGUUGAACAGCAGCCACGCUAGUAAGUAACCGGCAUAUUGGUAAACGUAUACUAAAUAAAUGGGGAAACACCCCCAGAGAUGGGGCCUCACCGUGGUGGGAGUGUAAAGAGUAAAUGCUUUAUUACCGGGCAAGAUUAUCGCCGCUGGAUACGGGGUGAAGCCGGGGAACUCCAAUAGGAAUGAAUUGUAUCAAUGUAUUGUGUAAAUAGAAUGCCGGGGGACGCUGGGUUGGUGUCUGAGAGUCAGAUGGAUACUUGGUGAUUCUAUGAAAUACAAUGAGACCAAGGAAAAUCAAAUUUAGGGGAUUACUAAAUCUGGGCAUUGUAUGAAGGGGGGACGUACAUCUAGACCGUGAGCUGGGCUCUGGGAGGCAACAGGACGACGAACGAUUAGACUAGUUAUAAAAAGUGCAAGGAUGGUGAGACUUUGUGUAGGAGGAGGUAAACUGGCAUGGCUACUGAUGGCCCAUAUAUAUUUGCGGGUUUUGCUGUAACAUUUAAAUUGGGCAUGUUAUGCACAUCUGUAAAUGUGUUUGUUUUUUUUUUUGUUUUUUUAUCAAUUAAUUUGAGGCUCAAUAGAUAACGUCAAUUUUAGGGCUAUUGAUUGUGAGUUCCACGUUUAAGGCCAAAAUAGCUGAAUUGAGAAGUCAUGUGUGUUUUCUCUAUUGGCUAAAGUUUAAGAUUUUACUCUGAAUUCUAUACAACUCACACAUUUUUAAAGUCCUUUAUUUUUGUCUGAUUUGCAUUAAGUGUCAGUUGAAAGUGGAGUUGUUACUUGCACCAUUGUGUGAAAUGCUGAGAAAUUCCAAUAACUUUUUAAAAGGGAACUGUCCAAAAAUGUACAUAUACUCUAUUAUUUUUAAUAAUCUUGCAGUAAAUUACACACAGCAUUAUCAAUCCGUGUACAGUGCUAACUAAAAGUUGAUCUAGGGGCCCCAGGUAAGAAGGUAAAUCACCGCAUACACCCCCUUCCCUCACAUAACCAGGACAUAGGUGGGAAGUACAUUUUAAAGGACCACUAUAGUGUCAGGAAAACAAACUUGUCUUCCUGACACUAUACAAUCCUUGGGACUCCCUCCCGUUGGGCUGAAUGGAUUAAAACGCCUUCAGCCACUUGCCUUUAUCCAGCGCCGUGCUCCCUCGGCACUGGCGACCUCUCCUCCCCCCCUCCGACGUCAGCUCUUGAGUGGAGCCGAAUGUGCAUGGGCGGCCAGAGCAACGCGCGCGCAUUAAAGAUGUCAGGAAGACAGCUACUAGAGGCUGGAUUAACCCUGCAAUGUAAACAAAGUGGUUUCUCAAACUAUGUUUUCAGCUGCAGGGUUAAAACCUGGGGGAACUGGCACAUAGACCACUUUAUUGAGCUGAAGUGGUCUGGGUGACUAUAGUGGUCCUGUAAUGUAUUUUGCCAAGUUGUCAGCAAACUGAUAUGUAAUAAAAUGUAUAACGUGCUGUUAUGGUCUUUGAUAUGUCGGGAGGAGUACCUGAUGAACCCAUGCAGUAGCUCCUCCUGUAGCAUAUGUGAGAAAUAUAGUGGGGCUUUAUGGCAACUUCUUCUGAUUACUGGGUGGGGAGCUGUAACCAAUGGUAUCCUCAGCAGUGUUUUAUUAGCUCUGACAUUCUGCUAAUUUGGCUACACGUUUAAUGUAUUUUUGUCUUGGGAGUACUGCAGUCUGUUGCCUUGUAGAUGAUGGUAGUUGUGGGUUUUGUUUUUACACAUUAACUUUAUUAGUGAUGCUCCACUGCACAAAUAGUCCAAUAAAAUUAAUGGCUUAGUACAUAUGCCCCCAGUGAAAAUCAUGCAUGCCAUCCCCCUCUAACUCCACUCAGCCUUUUUUGUGGGUGUCCAAUUACACAUUUCUCAAUGCAGUUUAAAGAGAAGGCUUUGCAAGGCAGGUGCACUUGCCUGACUCUUGAUGAUUUUUAUUUAAGCUUUUGAGCAAUCAGGAAGUAACAUGAUGCUUUGUCUGACAGCCUGGGAAGGGGGAUGUAACAAUUUAUAAAAGUUCCAGUUCCUAUUAAUCUCAUGUAACACAAGACACCCUUCACACAUACACUUUAGCAUGCUGAAGUGUUUUAGGGGUGUGCCUUUCAAUAAGUCUGCAAGGUAGGUAAAGGCUUUGACCAGAAUCAAUAUUCUGGUGUUUAGGAACGUCUGAAACUGUCUUACUUACUUGUGUGUUUUGCAGGUUUGUCACCUAGAACCAACAAACAUGUCUAUUGGCGUGCCAAUCAAAGUUCUCCAUGAGGCAGAAGGACACAUUGUGACAUGUGAAACAAACACUGGUGAAGUGUACAGAGGAAAGCUGAUAGAGGCAGAGGACAAUAUGAACUGUCAGGUGCGUUGUGUAUUCAAGUAAUUCAUAAUACUCCUAACAUGAAGUGGCAUCACUUUGCUUACGCCACCUUUUUAUAAUUUGCAUUUUGGGGCAAAUACUUAACCUACUGAAUUGGGGUAAUUGUUGCUUUUUGCCAAAAUGUCUAGAGUAACUUAUGAUGGAAAAAAGGAAAGUGUUCACUUUACUCUCAAGAGUAACUUAAUGUACUGCUUUUUAAAUUUAUAGACCCCAAAGACAAAUCUUUAAAUGUUCUGUACCUAUUCAGAUAAUUUGUCUGCAAAUAACAGGUGUUUCCUCUAUUGAUUACAUAUGACAUGAGUCACUGCUGGAUGUAGAAAGUAAACUAUGAUGAACAUGGCGCCCGGCCGUUCAACAUUGAAGUGUGAAAGUUCCUUAUAUUGGAUAGAAAAUGUAUCUUUAAGUGACUUUUUAAUAAAUGGUGUUGCUGUACUAUCUGUGAGUAAAUCUGAUAGUUUGGUACUUGAUUGUCCUCCUGGAGAUAAUCAGUCUCCAUAUGCAAAUGUUAUAACCCACUUGUCCUUUUACAGAAGGAAUUUAUAUAUUUUUUAUUUUAUUUUUUUGUGGGAAUUGAACAGACUACUAGAUUUGCCAUGGGGAAACGUCUUUUGAUGCCAUAAGUUAGUCAGAGGAAAACCUGCAUAUACAUGUAGUUACAUUUUAAAACCCCUAUAAUAAGUGCCUUAAGGCUGACUGCUAGCUUGUUUGCAUGUAAAACAUAACCCCCAAGACAUGCUUUCAAAUCUGUUAACAAAGAUCAGACAUAUACAUUACAGCCUAGACAUACCUCCAGUGGCCACUCAGAGGUGCUUUCUGGGACCGUGCUGCAGUGUGCAGCACUGACAUUUCGUAUAUCACCCUCUGCAUGAAGACACUGUAUAUGUUGAUUGGCCAGGACUGUUUGGCUUGUGCUGGCUCUGCCCCUGACCUGCUUUCUUAAAGGGACACUAUAGGCACCUAAACCACUUCACUCAUUGGAGUGGUCUGGGUGCAGUGUCCCUUUUGCAUUUAGUGCUGUAAUGUAAAACCUUGCGGUUCCAGAGACUACCAGACAGCCACUUGAGGGCUUCCUGAAUCUAAACAGACCUUUGGUCUGGUAUCUGACGCUGGACGUCCUCACUCUGCAUGAGGACAUCAGAUUUCCCCCAUUGUAAAGCAUUGAUUCAAUGCUUUCCUAUGAGGAGGUCAAAUGCGUGUGGCAUUGUUCACGUGCAUAAGCACCUGCUUGUUGCAGGACGUUGUAGAGGGGGGGAGCGUUGUCUCUGCUCUGAGAUCAGUUAAGUAAAUUAAGGGAUUUUUAAACCUUUGCCUGGUAUGUGGUUGAGAGGGGGCAGGGGGAGCGAUAGUGCCAGGAAUCCAGUUUUGGAUUCCUGGCAAUAUAUAUUAUCCCUUUAACAAGCUGAGCCAAUCAAAUGCUUUCCCAUGGGAAAGCAUUGUGACUGGCUCAUGACCACUUCGGAUGGGAUUUUGUCACCUUAUAGGACAAAGGACACCAUAUUUAUGGUUUCAAUAGUGUCUGUAUUAUGCGUGUAGGGUUUUUGUUUCUUAUAAGGUGACUUUAAAGUCAUAGGUGGGAACUGGACCUAUCAACCAUUUUUUAUUUUUAUUUUUUUCAUUUUUUUUUUCAUUAUAGGAUCAUUCUUUUUAAGCUAUUAAAGGUACACUAGCAUUAGAAAUACAAACUUGCAUUCCUAAUGCUACAGUGUCACUGUCACUGCUUUUUCUUUUGUUCGCAAGUUCUUUCUGUUUCUAAUGUGUGGCAAGCAGUUUACAGUGUUUAUUUUAUUUUUAGAUGUCAAAUAUCACAGUGACCUACAGGGAUGGCAGAGUGGCACAAUUGGAACAGGUCUACAUCAGAGGCAGCAAAAUCAGAUUUCUCAUUCUUCCAGACAUGUUGAAAAAUGCUCCGAUGUUAAAGAGUAUGAAGAAUAAAAACCAAGGAUCUGGAGCAGGAAGGGGAAAAGCUGCUAUUCUCAAAGCUCAAGGUCCGUGUAAUUUGUAAUACAAAUGCGUUUUUUGGGCUGUUAUCUCAAAAUGACAAACCCUUGUCGGUUAUCAAAAUCUUUGAUAAUAUUGUAGUUUUAGCCAAUAAGAGUUAAAGGUGAACUUGUCAUGACUGAUAUAGGUUUGCAGUUUUCUAACAAUCUGACUUGACUAGUGUUAUAUUGGGUAAAGGUAAAAUUUAGUUACAUGAAUAUACUUUUGAGUGGGACCUGCCAUAGACAGAGCCAGUUCCCUGUUGCUGGUGAUUGAUACUUAGAUUCCGCCCAGAGGCCAUCAAUGUUAAUUCUAUGCAUAUUGUACUACUCUUGACUGCAUGCUGUCUGCAGAUGUGUCAAUCUUCUUCCUUGCCUACAAGGGAAGAUUGCUUCUCCCUCCCAUCCAUGGUGCGCUCUCCUGUGUCAGUAGUUAAUAAAAAAAAGUGUAGAGCUUGCACAUGUGCUCUGAGAAGAGCUGCUAAUCUUAAAGAUUUUCUUGCCCUGCUCUCUAGCGUGCUGUUUACUGAUGCCUGGGCUAGAGUGAGGUCCUAUACUGGCAUCACUGGAGGGAGCAGAGAAAAGAGCAGGAAUUCACAUUGGCUGCCAAACACCCAGGCAUCAUGACAACACUUCUAAUCGCCCUGGCGUCUUGAUUUGUUGAGCCCUGUGUGUGUAUAUGUGUAUUUUUCCAAAAUAUUUAUUUAUUACUGGUAUUUAUAAAGCGGCAACAGAUUCCACGUGCUGUACAAUUAGUGAACGUACAAUAUACACAGACAAAUACAAAAGGUAGAGAGAGCCAUGCCCAUAAGCUGAUCUAGCCAUUGGAGCUCUUUUUAUACAAAGUGCUUGGCUAUGCUGGUUUAGCAGUAGAUGGCAGUAUUGGUCUACAUCAAUAUAUUCUAGUUCUAGGACACUUAAUGACCUUAACCCUCUGCUGCCAUACAGACACUUCAUAAUGCAAGUUUGCAUUUUUUCCCCCUGUUUUCGUUUCUUAAUUUCACACCAAAUAUUUGUAUAGAGAUCCAAAAUAGUGUGAAAAUAUUAAGAAAUGAAAACUGGAGAAAAUAUGUUUGGUUUGGUCCUAUUCAGGUAGUUUGCAUAUAUUAAAGCAUAACACUCUUCUAAAACCUGUUAAAUUGACAACAUUUUUGUCUGGAAACUUCAGGGUUAUGCUCUUACAAUAUAUUGUACUAGCCUGUAAUGCCCACAAUUUGAACAUUUUAAAAUGUGUUCCUUAGUUAAGUGUGCCUAAUGGAUUUAAAUCUUAAUCUAGAAUGUAAUGUAACUUUUUUCUUUUUUGUUCCAGUGGCAGCAAGAGGCAGAGGACGUGGCAUGGGUCGUGGAAAUAUUUUCCAAAAACGACGAUAACAGUGUUUUGUGUUUUAAUUGCCCCACCUGACUGUUUAAGCAACCCUUCUGUAGUUUUUCUUUUUAUUAAUAAAAUUGUUCACGAAAAAUGAUCUGUCCAUUUAAUCAUCCUAUGUAUUGAAAUUGGAUGAAUCUCCUUAAAAUGAUGCUCACUGUCUUCAUGUGCUAAACUAUGGUGAGGUUCUUUGGCUUUUUGUGUAAUUUUUAAGGAAUUCAAAGUGAAUUUCACGGCCAAUUUAGCUGAACUUUUGUCACUGACCCUUAAUGUUUACAAUUGGAAGUGAGAUUUGGGAUACUGGGAAUCCAUAAGUUAACACCACUCCUGAGCAGCUUUGCCCGUGCCACACUUGGCAAAAAGAUUGUAUAUACCCAUCUUAAAGAAUAUGAACAAAUAAAAUACAAUGUUUUUGUUUCUUUGAGCCCAUACAGUCACAACAAGCAUGUAUCUUGCUACAGGACAUUGCAUCACACCUAAUAAGUUUGAAUCUUGCUCCCUUUAACUGGUUGAGGCUUUGCCCUGAUUGCUUCACUACUAUAUAUUUUUUAAAAAAAAGUUUCAGACAGUGGCUAACACUGUCUUGCUAAAAUAAUUGCUUAGAUUUACAAUUGUCUUGUUCUGUAAAGUUUUUAAUAUACAUGUGAACUUGGGCAGCAUACAUUUUUAUUAACCUUUUAAUGAUCAAAUGACAAGUACUCCAGUCCUAUUGAUUCUGCAAGCCCUUUAUAUAGGUUUUGAUUACUGAAGUAUGAGCCAGGAAUAACUGAAUACAUAAAAGCUAGCUUUAAAGGGAAACUCCAGUGCCAGGAAAACAAUCCAUUUUCCUGGCACUGCAGGUUCGCUAUCCCUCCCACCCCCAAUCCCCGGUUGCUGAAUGGGUAAAAACCCAUUCAGUAACUUACGGUAGCGACUAUGUUCCACGUCGCUGCUUCUUCCUUCGCACCACUCCUCGUCCUGACUGCGUCGGCCGGUGGGCGAGACUGAUCCCGCCUACCUGCCGAGGAGACCUAAUGCACUGCCACACAUGCGCAUUAGCACUCUCCAUAGGAAAGCAUUGAAAAUGCUUUCCUAUGGGGAAAUGAGCGACUCUGGAGGUCCUCACACAGCGUGAGGACGUCCAGCGACGCUCUAGCACAGGUUUUCUGUGCUGUGGACAAGGAAGUGCCCUCUAGUGGCUGUCUACUAAACAGCCACUAGAGGUGGAGUUAACCCUGCAAGGUAAUUCUUGCAGGGUUAAGAGUAGUGGGAGUUGGCACCCAGACCACUCCAAUGGGCAGAAGUGGUCUGGGUGCCUGGAGUGUCCCUUUAAGGAUAUUAACUGAUGUCCCAAACCUUAAAGGUAAUACAUUCCAGUUGUUGUUUUAUUUCCCCAAUUCAAAAUAUUAUGAAAGGCUUAAAAGCUUUGUGCUAUAUUUGUGGAAAAACAAUUUUUUUUUUUUUUUUUUUCAAAUAAAAUCACUCAAC